AUGAAUUUACACCAAUCAGAAUUAUUAACGCCAGUACCAGAAAGCGAUACCGAAGGAGAAUCAGCAUCUACCCGGAUAACAUCCUCACCUACGCUAUUAUCAUCGAAUCCACAAGAAAAUCAUCUAUUACAUCCAUUGUCAAAUUAUGCGAGCCGAAAAAUUGGCAGACAAGAGCCAUCAUCAUUUCAUCACCAACAGCAACAACGAAUUGGUCAUCGUCCAAGUUUUAUGCGACGUCUUUCUGCAGCUAUACCAUCUCUUUCAACGGAUUCAAUGCCGUUUGCUGCUGUGCUAUCACUGGGAGCCGAUGUGUUGCCGGAAUAUAAAUUGCAACCUACUAGGAUCCAUCACUGUACCAUCGUACACUAUUCUCCAUUUAAGGCCGUUUGGGAUUGGAUUAUCCUACUUCUGGUCAUUUAUACUGCCAUUUUUACGCCUUACGUUGCAGCCUUUUUACUACGAGAGGAUAGCUCUCGUAAAGCUCGUUUUUCGGAACCAUUGGAAAUUAUUGAUCUAAUUGUGGAUAUUAUGUUUAUUGUCGAUAUUAUUAUUAAUUUCAGAACAACUUAUGUCAAUGAAAAUGAUGAAGUUGUAUCACAUCCUGGAAAGAUAGCAAUACAUUAUUUUAAAGGGUGGUUUAUAAUAGAUAUGAUUGCUGCUGUGCCCUUCGACCUUCUUCUUGUAAAUACAAACAGUGACGAGAUCGGUGGGCUCAACAAGGACGAGACUACCACUUUAAUUGGAUUACUGAAAACCGCUCGUCUGCUAAGAUUAGUACGGGUAGCCAGGAAACUGGAUCGUUAUUCCGAAUAUGGUGCUGCUGUCUUAUUACUACUUAUGGCCACAUUUGCAUUAAUUGCCCAUUGGCUUGGCUGUAUUUGGUAUGCAAUUGGAAGUGCUGAAUUGCCUCAUAAAGAGUUCACAUGGUUACAUCAGCUUGCACGUCAUUUAAAUGAACCAUACUUAUCAACGAACGGAAGUGUGCCAACUGGUGGACCGUCAUUAAAAUCACGUUACGUUACGUCACUUUAUUUUACACUCUCAACAAUCACCUCAAUUGGUUUCGGCAAUGUUUCUGCUACUACUGAUUCUGAAAAAAUUUUUACUAUUAUUAUGAUGAUUUUAGGAUCAUUAAUGUAUGCAUCUGUAUUCGGCAAUGUAUCAGCAAUAAUACAACGCCUAUAUAGUGGUACAGCAAGGUAUCAUACGGAAAUGUCUAGGUUACGGGAAUUCAUCCGUUUUCAUCAAAUUCCAAAUCCUCUACGACAAAGGUUGGAGGAAUAUUUUCAACAUGCCUGGUCUUACACCAAUGGUAUCGACAUGAAUACCGUAUUGAAAGGUUUCCCAGAUUGCCUUCAAGCAGAUAUAUGUUUGCAUUUGAAUCGAAAUUUGCUCAACAAUUGUCCAGCAUUUGCUGGAUGUUCACCUGGCUGUCUGCGAGCCUUAAGCAUGAGGUUUCGAACAACACAUGCUCCACCAGGUGACACCCUGGUGCAUCGAGGUGAUGUUCUCACUGGAUUAAAUUUUAUUGCCAGAGGUUCCGUGGAAAUUCUCAAAGAUGAUAUGGUUGUAGGUAUUCUCGGAAAAGAUGAUAUCUUUGGGGAAAAUCCGUUGCUACACGAAGAUGUCGGCAAAUCAUCAUGCAAUGUUCGGGCCUUAACUUAUUGUGAUUUGCACAGGAUAUUACGGGAUGACUUGCUUGAUGUGCUUGACAUUUAUCCUGAAUUUGCUGAAAAUUUUUGUCGCAAUUUAACUAUUACAUAUAAUCUAAGAGACGAAGCUCAGUCAAUGAGGAAACGACUUGACAGACAUAAACUUUUACGAAUGUCAUCAUCGUUGGACAAAGACAAAAUAUCUUCAAUCCAACGAGAAGGUUCGUUAGAAAAGAGGGAUGAUUUUGUGACCCGAACCGAGCGAACAAUGAGUAAUCGUUCCGAGGACGAUGAUAUUCGUUAUCAGAUGUUGGAAAGGAGACUUAGUGAUAUUGAAAGCCAUCUGGAGAAAAUGGAAAAUAAAAUCAACAGCAGCCUUGAACAAAUUUUGAGGGUUUUAAUUCCGGAAAAUGCAUUAAUUAAUUCAUCUUCCGGUCGUUCAUCAAAGGGUACCUCUGUUCGAACGAUUUACUCAUCUCGUAGUGCCUCAGGAAUUCAUCCAGUUAGGUUGGGAAAUAGAAAUGAAGAAUUGAUACCAUUGAGAAUGCCAACCAGUUAUAGUGGAAUAGAUGAUGUUAAUAGUCCAUUAAUUGGUACUAGUACUACACCUCCAAUACUGCUAUCAACCACUUCACGCUCACUUCAACCUCGUCGUUCGGGUCAUCUCUCAUUGGUCUCUGCUCCAUCGGGUCAAUCAACACCAACCAGGUCUGAACUAUCACCUGAAGAUACUGAUACAUUGUUGUAG